CACCAUCGUGGUGGACAUACUCGGGAACGUCUUGGUCAUCCUCUCUGUGUUUAGGAACAAGAAGCUCAGGAAUGCAGGUAAUAUUUUUGUUGUUAGUCUGUCGGUAGCAGACUUGGUGGUUGCUGUGUAUCCCUACCCCCUGGUCCUCAUGGCAAUCUUUCACAAUGACUGGACCAUGGGAGAUCUCCACUGCCAGGUGAGUGGCUUCAUCAUGGGCCUCAGCGUCAUUGGCUCCAUCUUCAACAUCACAGCCAUCGCCAUCAACCGUUACUGCUACAUCUGCCACAGCCUUCGUUAUGACCGACUAUACAGCUUCAAGAACACGUGCUGCUACUUAUGUAUUACCUGGGUUCUCACAGCCAUUGCCACUGUGCCCAACUUUUUUGUGGGCUCCCUUCAGUAUGAUCCCCGUGUCUUCUCCUGCACUUUUUCCCAGACAGUUAGUUCCUAUUAUACAAUAUCAGUGGUCGUGGUCCAUUUCCUCAUACCUCUCCUUGUGGUCUCUUUCUGCUACAUGAGGAUCUGGGUGUUGGUGAUCCAAGUGAAACAUCGAGUCAAGCCUGGACCCAGGCUAAAAAUGAAACCUAACGACUUGAGGAACUUUUUGACCAUGUUUAUGGUUUUUGUGCUCUUUGCCGUGUGCUGGGCCCCUCUCAACUUCAUUGGGUUGAUUGUGGCGAUCAACCCUGUGAGGAUGGCUCCCAGUAUCCCAGAAUGGUUGUUUGUCACAAGCUACUUUAUGGCAUAUUUCAACAGUUGCCUCAAUGCGAUCAUCUAUGGACUCCUGAACCAAAACUUCCGCAAAGAAUAUAAAACCAUCCUCCUGUCACUGUGCACCCCCCGGAUGUUUCUCAUGGAAACCUCCAGAUAUGCCACAGAGGGGCUCAAAAGUAAACCAUCACCUGCAGUAACAAAUAAUAACUUGGCAGAGAUUAAUUUGUGA